AUGCCUCACAACGCUGUCUGGAUUUCACACUCCAGCCAGCUCUCCGUCAAGCGAAUCCAGGAGCAGUACAACCCUCACCAGGCUGAGACCCUCAUAAAGGUCGCCUUCAGUGGCAUCAAUCCCGCUGAUCUCAAGCAUGGCAAACGUAUGGGCAUAGUCGAUUGCGUUGCUGGAUACGAUUUCUCCGGGACUGUCGUCCAAGCCGGUCCCGGGUCUCGCUUCCAAGUGGGAGACAAUGUCGCCGGCCUGACCCCCGCCCUAAAACCACGGCCCUACAAGUACGGAUCGCACCAGGAUUAUAUGCUUGCGCCCGACUCCAUGGUCUUCCCCGUCCCGACACACAUGAGCAUGAGCCUCGCUGCGACCCUUGGUGUCGCGAUGCGGACCGCGACUGACGCGCUCUUCUGCCAGCUGGGUCUUCCAGACCCAGGCGAGGAUCUGGAUGCGCCACCCGGGGGACUUCUGAUAUGGGGAGGAGCCAGUGGCGUCGGAACGGCCGCUAUCCAGCUAGCUGCCGCCGUGGGAGUGAACCCCAUCGUCGUGACCGCGUCACCUCGCAACCACGAGGCCCUGAAGAAGUUCGGCGCCACGCACUGUGUCGAUUACCAUGACGCGGACGUUGUCGGUCAGAUCCAGCAACUCGCUCGUGAGCUAGGGACACCGCUCCGGCUGGCGUUCGAUACGAUCGGCUAUGUUGGAACCGAGCACAUGGCGGAUUGGUGCUAUCGAAGCUGCGACGACGCUGCUACCGUCGUCACCACAAUCCCCCACCCGCGGGCGUUGAAAUGCUUCGCAACCACCGCGAAUGAGCUCUCUUUAGACACACCUGCCGGCAAAAUCACCUUCCCGGCUCGCGUGGCGGAUGCCCAGCGUACCUCGCGGAUUGUGGAAUGGGCUGUGCAGAAUCUGCGCUCUCUCGGGAUGCCGCCCAUUCGGACCGUCUUGGGUAAGGAUGCUAUCAUCAAGGCGAUUGAGGAGUCGGCUCGGGGGGCUGCAAGUUUCGAGAAGGUCGUUGUGCAGCAUGAGAUUGAUUUAUAG